AUGGCCGGCGAAAAUGGGCCUCUUGACGUGUCCCGGACACUUGCCAUGGUGAUUGCAGCACUUUUUGCAUUAGCAUGCUGGAACGUUCUCCAGAUCAUGGUUGCGAUCUUCACGACCUUCAGACGCUGCCAAGGCCUCUACUUCUGGAGCAUGUUAAUAUCGACACUGGGAAUUCUUCUACACACCAUUACAUCAUUCCUUCGCUACUUCGCCCUCGCCCCUAAUUUUCCUAUGUGUGUCUUGAUCUGCAUCGGCUGGUAUGCUAUGGUCACUGGGCAGUCGGUGGUGUUAUAUUCACGACUCCACUUGGUGACUUGCGUCGAUCGCUACUCUCGCUGGGUGCUAGGAAUGAUCAUCUUCAACUUUUGCGCCUUACACAUCCCCACCACCGUCCUUUUCCUCGGGCUAAAUCGCGGCAUCCAGAGCUUCUAUAACCCAUUCGAUAUCUACGAGCGUGUUCAAUUGGCUGGGUUCGCUAUUCAGGAGACCAUCAUCAGCGGUCUUUAUAUCUGGGAAACUAUGACUAGCCUGAGACCUGUUCUGGCUCUGAAAGGAACCCGAGGCAAGAGGGUUAUCACGAACCUUAUUGUUAUCAACGCCAUUGCGAUCUUGUUGGACGCAUCGCUUUUGUCAACGGAGUACACCAACCACUUCGACGUCCAAACAACAUACAAGCCGGUCGUCUACAGCAUCAAGUUAUUGUUGGAGUUCACAGUACUCAACAGUCUGCUUGUUGUUAUUCGCACAAGUCCAUCUACUAUUGAGGAUGCUCAAAAGCUGCACGGGGAUGCCAAUCUUCGCCUGGAGCCCCGGUGGAGUGACAAUGGUUCGGGAAACAUUGCUCCAUUGGGCUUUGGUGCAGAUGAUUCCGAUCAUGGUUAUCGACAAACAUCAUCUCGAGAUUCACCUCUCAAAGAGCAUAGAUCAAGGGAGUCUUGCAGGAGUCAUUUUGAAUCAGUUUAG